AUGUUCAGAAACGCUUUGCGGUCGUCUAGCCGCACCGUCGCGGCUGCCACUGCCACUGGCCGUAUCGCUUCGGCUCGCGCGGCUGUCUCCGGCCCCAUCGCCGGUGCCUCCAAGCAGGUCCGUACAUAUGCUGCUGAGGCCAAGGCUGCGCCCACCGAGGUUUCCUCCAUCCUUGAGCAGAGAAUUCGGGGUGUUCAGGAGGAGGCCGGUCUUGCCGAGACUGGACGUGUCCUUUCCGUCGGUGACGGUAUCGCUCGUGUCCAUGGCAUGACCAAUGUCCAGGCUGAGGAGUUGGUCGAGUUCGCCUCUGGCGUCAAGGGAAUGUGCAUGAACCUCGAAGCCGGCCAGGUCGGUGUCGUGCUUUUCGGUUCUGACCGUCUCGUCAAGGAGGGUGAGACUGUCAAGCGUACCGGCGAGAUUGUCGAUGUCCCCGUCGGCCCUGAGCUCCUGGGCCGUGUCGUCGAUGCCCUCGGCAACCCCAUUGACGGCAAGGGUCCCAUCAAGGCCUCUGACAAGCGCCGUGCCCAGCUCAAGGCCCCUGGUAUCCUUCCCCGUCGUUCCGUCAACGAGCCCGUCCAGACUGGUCUCAAGUGUGUCGACUCCAUGGUGCCCAUUGGCCGUGGUCAGCGUGAGUUGAUCAUCGGUGACCGUCAGACCGGAAAGACUGCCGUCGCUCUGGAUGCCAUGCUUAACCAGAAGCGCUGGAACAGCACUGGCGACGAGAAGAAGAAGCUUUACUGCAUCUACGUCGCUGUCGGCCAGAAGCGUUCCACCGUCGCCCAGCUCGUCAAGACCCUCGAGGAGAACGACGCCAUGAAGUACUCUAUCGUUGUCGCCGCUACUGCCUCCGAGGCCGCUCCCCUGCAGUACAUUGCUCCUUUCACUGGCUGCGCCAUGGGUGAGUGGUUCCGUGACAACGGCCGCCACGCCGUCAUCAUCUACGACGAUCUUUCCAAGCAGGCCGUCGCCUACCGUCAGAUGUCUCUGCUGCUUCGUCGUCCCCCUGGUCGUGAGGCCUACCCCGGAGACGUUUUCUACCUCCACUCUCGUCUCCUGGAGCGUGCCGCCAAGAUGAACGAGAAGCACGGUGGUGGCUCCCUCACUGCCCUGCCCGUCAUUGAGACCCAGGGUGGUGACGUGUCUGCCUACAUUCCCACCAACGUCAUUUCCAUCACUGACGGCCAGAUCUUCUUGGAGUCUGAGCUCUUCUACAAGGGUAUCCGUCCCGCCAUCAACGUCGGUCUGUCCGUGUCCCGUGUCGGUUCCGCCGCCCAGGUCAAGGCCAUGAAGCAGGUCGCUGGUUCCCUGAAGCUUUUCUUGGCCCAGUACCGUGAGGUUGCUGCCUUCGCCCAGUUCGGUUCCGAUCUGGAUGCCUCCACCAAGCAGACCCUCAACCGUGGUGAGCGUCUGACUGAGCUCCUCAAGCAGAAGCAGUACUCCCCCAUGGCUGUCAACGAGAUGGUUCCCCUCAUCUUCGCUGGUGUCAACGGUUACCUUGACAGCAUCCCCGUUGCCAAGAUCCUCCAGUGGGAGUCUGACUUCCUUGCCUCCCUCAAGUCCAACAACCCCGAGAUCAUUGAGACCAUUGAGAAGGAGGGCCAGGUCAGCAAGGACCUUGAGGCUAAGCUUAAGGAGGUCAUCACUGCCUUCAACAAGUCCUUCAGCGCAUAG